GAGAGCUGCGGGUUGCGCGCGUGGCCGGCGACGACGCGGAGGCGCACGAGGCCGUGGUGGAGGUGAUCCGGCGCGGCUUCCUGCCCCGGGAGUCCGCGUGCUGCGGCUGCGACGUGACCGAGCACCCCGACGGCGCGGAGCAGCUCCUGGACCUGGUGCGGGUCGCGCUCCGGGACGGCGUCAGCGUGGCCGCCUACCUCGGCGGCGCCAUGGUGGGCGCCGUCGUCAACAAGAUACAGGUGCGGCCGCCGCCCGGGGAGCAGUCCUUCUUCGAGCGCUUCGCCGCGGAGCGCGCCACCGACCCGUCGGCCAACUGGCUGAUGCACUUCAUGAUGCGGAUCGACGCCAUGGCGGACCUGUUCGCGGAGGCGGGCGGCGACCGCCUGCUCGAGCUCAUGUUCCUGGGCGUGCUCCCCGAGGCGGGCCGGCGCGGCGUCGGCCUGCGCAUCUCGGCCGAGUCGAUCGAGGUCGCCCGGGAGGCCGGCGUGUGCGGCGUGAGCGCCAUCUUCACCUCGGACUACAGCCGCGCCAUCGGCCGGCGGCUCGGCUUCCGGGAGCUGGCCGUGGCCGAGCACGCCGACUUCGAGUACGAGGGCAAGUCCGUGCUGCCCAAGCUCGGCCCCGCGCAGCAGCGCUCCGUGCUCGUGCUCUACAAGUUGGCCUGAACGAUAUAUGACGCCGCGGCUCUUGUUUUAAAUGUUUUGUUUUUAGACAGAGGGGAGGGGGAAAGGUAAUUCGACGCAAGCUAGCGUUUGUGUGCACUGCGGCCGUACUUUGUACGACUUUUUACCAUGAAUUUUUGAAUUAAAAAAGAACGCGGUGCUGUGAUCAUUUCAUAAUUAGAUCAUACACAUUAUUAACAUUAGUACAACAACCUGCAUGUGAAGAUUUUUGUGAUUGUACAGUAUGUAAAAUACGACAUUUUUAAAUCGAAAUAUAUAGUUUUAGCUGAUAAUA